AGAACAUCUCAACCACUUCCAUGCUGGUCCACAACUCAUGAUGUCCAUAAUUCAUCGCCAAUUCUGGAUUAUCCGUGCGAAGGAUGUAAUUCGCCAAUUUGUUAAGAAAUGUGUCACCUGUGCUCGCCACAAGCCAGUCACCCUUCAACCAAUGAUGGGAGACCUCCCUUCCUUCCGCGUGACCCCAAGUCGUCCGUUCCAGAAAACCGGGGUCGACUAUGCAGGUCCCUUCCUAAUCAAACCAAUCCAACCAAGAAGCACUACAACAAUCAAAGCCUACCUUGCCCUCUUCAUAUGCUGCUGUACCCGUGCAGUUCACUUGGAAAUUGUCAGCUCCCUGUCAACUGACGCAUUCCUGGCAGCACUCUGGCGCUUUGUGUCGCGACGUGGACUUCCCUCCGACAUGUACAGCGAUUGUGGCACCAACUUCGUUGGAGCCGACCGAGAACUCAAGGAGAUGCUGACCUUGGUCUUGUCUGCAAAACACAACCAAACCAUAGCCGACCAAAUCUCAACCAGAGGGAUUCUAUGGCACUUCAGUGUACCAGCAAGUCUUCACUUCGGCGGCCUAUGGGAAGCAGGAGUCAAGAGUGUCAAGUUUCACUUAAAACGAGUGAUUGGAUCUCAACGCCUCACAUUCGAAGAACUUACGACAACAAGUGCGAGAAUCGAAGCAAUACUCAACUCCCGUCCCCUUUGUCCUGAAUCGAGCGAUCCCAGUGAUCUCACUACGUUAACCCCCGGACAUUUCCUUAUUGGUACCGCUCUCACCUCCAUCCCUGAACCACAUCUCCAAGAUUUGCAAAUAAGUCGCCUCUCCCGAUGGCAACUCCUCCAGAGAAUAACUCAAGAUUUCUGGAAGCGGUGGUCCUCCGAAUAUCUCACCAGAAUGCAACAACGACCUAAAUGGAUCUACGGUGACCACAAGAUAUCAAUUGGUGACCUAGUCCUCAUCAAACAUGAAAAUUUAUCCCCCAUGCAAUGGCAACUCGGACGAAUCACGCAACUCCACCCUGGACCAGACUUCCGUUGUGAAGACAGCAACCGGAGAACUUAAGCGUCCCUUGGUGAAGUUGUCCCCACUUCCCAUCACUUCCGCAUCGGAUCAAGCCGUCUCAUCCACACCACAAUAAAAUUGAAAAUUGGCAUUUCAAGGCCGGCGGAAUGUUUCGUCUUAACAUGAUUAAUGCAUUAUGAAUUUGACUUAUUAUUUGUAUGUAUUUUAACUUAUGAUUUCUUAUGCAUUUUACUUUAUGAUGAUUGAACUAAUCUCAAUUCCAUGAUUUGACUAAUAUAAUUAGCUAUCUUUUUAUGUAAACUUACCUUUUUCCUCUUUACUCAAGUCAGUAUAUGUACGUUACACAAGAAUUGUGUCUCAAGUCGCCAGUUUGUCGCUGGACUUUUGAAUGUAUAAUAUCGUUUAUCAGUUCAUUGUCGUGUCCUUUAAAGUUCAAAUAUUUUCCUCUCUUUGCGUUCCUUCUCUACAUUUCUAUUGGUUAACUGACUAUUUAAGUGUGACGUACAUAAACUUAUAAAUACACCUCGAACUCAAGUUCACCUUGUCAGUCGCUCAGUAUCAUUCGGUCAUUUUCCAUGUAAUAAGUAUUUCUAAACGUAGUAAAUUAUCUGACCUAAGAAAGUAA